CCAUUAUUUUCUCAACCGCAAUUGGUUUUAUCUUCUUCUCUCUCUCUUUCUAUCGUCGAAGGCAAAAAAAAAAAAAAAAAUUAGGGUCCUCUUCUCCGUCUACCCCCGCUUCGAUUCCGAUUUGAUUACGCGCCACAAAGAAGGUUCCGUACGCGUGGAUCUGGAACCGUACCUUAGGUUCGAUUAGUUCUGUCCGAAUUCGAUUACUUCCUGUCUGUUUUCUUGUCCGUUAUUAGAUUCGAUCUGAGAGAGAGAGAGAGAGAAAGAACAAAGAAAAGAAAAAUUAAAGAUGUCGCGUUAUUUCACAACCCCACCGCCUGUGUAUGCGAGGAACUGGGCGAACAGUCAGAACUUGGUCGAAUCGACUAAGAUCGAAAGAGAAAUAGUCUCUCAAAAGGUGCAUCGGAAAGAGAAGAAGGAGAAAACGAAAGAUAAGAAAGAAAAGAAAGUAAAGGAUGAGAAGAAGUCCCUUAAACUAUAUUUCCCUGCGAAGCAAGUCUCGGACGAGUCUGAACAGCUUGAGAAGAAGUCCCUUAAACUAUAUAUCCCAGCCAAGCAAGUCUCGGACGAGUCUGAACAGCUUGAGAAGAGUUGUUUGACGGAAGAACAUGAGCAGCUUCAUCAGAUUGGUUAUUUGUCUGAUGGUAGUCAGAACAGUAAGAAGAGAAGCAGGGAAACUUCUCCUGCUGUUGUUGAGAGUCAAAUUAAAGCUGCGCCUGUAGCUGGUAACCCACUCCGAAUACGUUUUCUUUUGAAGAAACCAAAAGAAGCUGAGGUUGUACCUCAAGAGGAUCGUGUUUGCUCCACUUCAGGGACUGAGAGACUCAUCGAGGUACCAAGUUCUGUCUCUCUUCCAAAGACCUGCGACCAUGAUGUGAAUCUGCUCUCAACCUCACUUGAGAGUGACAAGAUUACAAUUCCUUCUGAAUCAAAGAAGAGAAAGAAACAUAAGAAGAGCAAAGAAUCUCGGUACAAUUCAUUAUUUGAUGGAUGGGUUCCUCCUUGUCUGUCCUUGGAGGAGGAUAAUAGCAACAGCGAUGACUGGCUUUUUGGAACAAGUCGGCAAGCUUCUUCCAAAGCUUCUAUCAAGAGUGAUGAAGACAUGAUCAUGAACUUGCAGACUUCAGAAGAAGAUUGUUCUUUUCCUAGAGCUCGGUUUCUGUCUGAAGUCGGAAUUUUUUCAUUACCAUAUACAGUCCCGUUUUAGUUCCCAAAUUGUUUUGUUGUUUUUUCAGCUGUUAUGACUAGAGCUUAGCCUUAGCCCUUAGCUUGUACAUAACUAAUUGUAACAAUCACAGUGAUCUAUAUAAUACUUCAAGAUCUCUGUAAUUUUGGAACUAAUAAUAGAUUAUAUUUUCGACU